AACAUCUUGUGCUGUGUAAGGAGUGCUGUGAUAAGCGAUUGUACUGUAUGUGUUUGAUAGUUAACCGAUGAGGAUAAAUACUGAAAUCAUAUAAAUAUUGUUUGUAUUAACAUUUAUUAUGAAAGAAUUAAUAGUACAUUCAUUGGCUCUUUUUGUAACUAUUCAAAUCCAAUGGGUUUUAGCUGAUAGAACAAGCUUAAAAAUUUACAAGAAUAUUCAAAGUGAUAUUUUUUGUUUUCGCAGAUUGAAUGCUACUCAUCAAAUAGGAUGUGCUUCUCAUAGUGGUGGAAAUGUUGGUGUUCUGUAUCUUGUUGAAGAUGAUGAAGAAGUGAUGAAUAUCACAGCUCAUCCCCCACCAAUGCCUUAUGUUGUUGGAAUGCCAAUAGCUUUAUUUAAGAUGAAAAAUAUGAAAGACCUUAAGCAGACUGGCAACAUACGUGGUGUUUUACUUUUCAAACCAGCAACUUCAAAGGCUUUAAAAAAUUUUUCUCCUGAUCAGUCAUGUCCAAACAGAAAUUUUGGGUUCUAUACUGAAAAGAUGAAUGUUGAAUAUGCUGCAUGUAAGAAAAAAGAAUGGAAUAACCUGCAGGGCAAUGAUGCUCUAGGGAUGAUGUUUGAAGACUGGGGAAUGCCAAUUUUUAUCAUUACUAAUAAAACUCAUAUAAAAAGUAUUAAAAAGUGCUAUUCUGACUUUAAUAAUGAUACUGAGAAAAGUUGGCCACUCUGUUCUGUGCAAAUGUCCAGUGUUAUGCUUGCUGCCAAAGACAGUGAUACAUGCAUGCGUCGAAAUAAGCUGAUUUCCAACUUAAAUGAAGUGAAAACAUGUGAUCCAUUAAGUGACAAGAACAUUGUCAAUACUUUAUUCCCUACUAACAAGAGUGAAGAAAUAGCCAAUAGAUCUUUGAUUGUUGUUAGUGCUCGACUAGAUGCUUUCUCGAUGUUUGAUAAGUUGGCUCCAGGUGCUCACUCAACUGUUACUGGUUUAGUCACACUGCUCUCAGUUGCCAAGAACAUGGAUAGUUUAAGAAAGAGAAUUUCAGAAAAAGAGGAAGCAAAGGACAAAAAUGUGCUUUUUAUUAUUUUCAAUGGGGAAGCAUUUGAUUAUAUUGGUUCAAGUCGUGUAGUCUUUGAUAUGCAGAAAGGACUGUUUCCAGUUCGAAUACUCGAUGGAAUUAAAUAUCAACCUUCUCUAAUUAAUUUAAAUCACAUAUCACACUUUAUUGAGCUCAGUCAGUUAGCUCCACCACAGAUUCCAGCUUCACUUUUUUUGCAUACUGAUCCAGUAUCUGCAAAAACUGCUGAUGUAUCUAAAAAGGUCACUGAAUUAGUUGAUAUACUUAAAUCUGAAGCUGAGGCUGUUGGAUUAGAUGUAUCUGUGGCACCAAAAGAUUUACCACUUCCUCCUGCUUCAUUUCAAAGUUUUCUGAAACAUGACAAAUCCAUUCCUGGAAUUGUUAUUGCUGAUCAUGACAAAGAAUUUAUUAAUAAAUAUUACAACAGUAUAUUUGACACAAGUGAAACUCUCAGUGUUACUCUUUUGACACAAGUUUUGACUAAUAUCUCAACUGCAGUUUCUGGAACAUUAUACCAACUUCUUACUAAAGAGAAAUUGAAUGAAACUUUAGAUUCUACUGAAAAUUUGGUGUCAGGACUUUUAGAAUGCUAUUUGCAAAAUGCUUCAUGUCCCUUAUUUAGACAAAUAGCUGAUCCUGAUAUGACAGAAAGACUUCGUGUUGAACCCUAUCCUUUGUAUGUGAGCGUUGAUAGUGGAGGACACACCAAAGCAAAUCCCAUUACUCUGUACACCAGAUAUUUAUUGGCUUACUUGACUGGGCAACAAGAACAGGAUCGGGACAGAAAAAAUUGCACUGGCAGUGUUCAGAAUCAGAUUUAUCAUUAUGAUUGGAUGGCUGGAUCUGAAGAAAACACUACUGGAGUUUGCAUUAAAUCUACUGUUAUGUAUACUAUUGCACAGUCUCCUGCAUAUGUACUUAAUGAAUGGAAAUCGACUGAAUAUUCUACUUGGACAGAAAGUGUAUGGCUAGAAACAACAGCCCGCAUAUUUGUACAGCCUGGUAAAACUCAAGAAGCUCUCACUCUAGUCACUGGAUUUGUGAUAUUUUUCCUGUCCAUUGUUUCUGUUUAUUUCAUUAAUGACCGAGCUUCUAUUAUUUUCAACACCCGACCUUUGGUUGGUUGCUAGGAAUUUGCCACAAAUCACAUAGCUUUGGAUGAAUUUUGUGGAGAGAAUGGUUCUGGUUACCCAUCACCAGCAAACCUUUAAGCCACUACAAUCUGUUGAAUAUGCUAUAGUACCUUUGUCAGCAUAGCAAUGAUGUGUAACAUAAAAUAAUUUGUGUGUGUAUGUAUAUGUGUUUGUGCAUUUUUAAUUGAUAUCUCAAACAAUGCUACAAGUACUUAUUCAAAUUAUCUCAUUUUAUUUUUACAAACUAAUGUUUUUAUUUUAAAGUUAACACUGCAAUUUAAUUAUUAUUAAUCAUAUUUUUACCCCCUCAUUAAUCUUCCUUGUAUAUUCAGUAGUAUUUAUAAAAUUAUAUUAAUGAUAUGUGUAAUAAAAAUUAGAAAUUAAUCCAAGCUGUAAAUAAAAUUGCAUUUUUCAUUUAUUACAAUUUUAUGUAAAUUUUUUAACUAAUGCUAUUGCAAUUAUAACAACAAAAAUUAACUACAUGUGGCAAUUAUUUAAUAUUUUUAGAUUUUUUGGUCAGUAUUGAUCAUUUACAUUUUACCUUACAUGAUUUGGUUAAUUUUUAUUUGCAUUUAAAAAAGAGAACUGUAUUCAAAUUAUUUUUUUAUUUAUUCUUUUUCUGAAAUUUUAUAGAUGUAAUAGUUAAAAUAAAUUAAAUGCUGGCAUUUUGUUUUAUAUUAUUUAUGUGUAGAAAAUUUUUCUUAAACAUACUUUAAUUUCAUAAAAUCUGGUAUCUUAAACAUUAUUUAAGACUGCAUUUCUUUUACAGUGUUAUUAUGAAUCGUUAAUUAGCUCUUGGAAACAAAGCUUAUUGAUUGAUUGCAUAUUAUCAUAAAAUUAUCAUUUAGUACUUCAGUAUAAUUUAUUCUCACACAACUUUUAUCUUAGUAUGAAGUACAGAGGUACUGGCAUUUAUACUGGUUGAUUAGUGCAUCUGUGGCAAAGAAAAAGUACUUUUACAGAACAUUUAUUUUAUAUGUAACUAUCAAAAGUAACUAUAAAAAAAUCGUCUGUGAUAGUACAUCGUGUAUUCGUCCUAAAGCUUUGUGAUUUGUGGGUUGGGAAGUAUAUGUAAAUUUUGAUUCAUUUUUAUUUCAAAUAGUUUAUAAACUUUACCCUUCACCUGUAAUUUAUUGUCAUGAUGAAUUUGUAAUCACAUUUGUUUUAUAAACUCCUUUUUUUUUAAAUUUCA